UCGCGUGAGCUUGCGACGCCAGAAUCAAUCAACUCGAGACAACGCGUCUCCUGUGCUUUGUCCCGUGUACCUGCGUCAUUGGCUUCGGAGGCCUCCAUAAAGGAGGCGGCACAUCGUCUUUUAGUGAAAACCUUGUCGCGUAUCACAACUUGCAUACAUAAGCUUUUCUUGGCAGCAUGGCAGCCCGCAAGCGCAAAGCAGCGGCGACAGUCGCAAAGACCGAGGAGCUUCCUCCUGCGGAACCCUCGCGCCGGCGAUCCGCGCGCGUUUCCAGCAGCACCACCAAGAGCAAAUACUUUGAAGCUGCCUCGGACGAGUCGGAGCUCGACGACGUGGUGGCGACAAAGAGACGGCGCAAGUCUACACAGCCUACCGCGACUCCCAAGAAGACCGGCAGGAAAGGAGCCAAGAAGGCCGCAGUAGAAGACGAGGACGCUGAGGACGAAUAUAAAGAAGAAGCGGUAAAGGACGAGGACGAAGAAGACGACGAUGCAAACAGCAAGGCCGACGACAGCGACGACGAAAUCGACGAGGAUGCGCCGCCAAAGGUCACCUUCAUCCCGCUGCCCAAGCUCCGCGACACGGGCGGCGUCGAGUACGCCGACAAGCACCUGCACAAGAACACGUUUGCCUUUCUCAAGGACCUCAAGGCGAACAACAAGCGGCCGUGGCUGAAAUUGCACGACGACGAAUACCGCCGCUCGCUCAAGGACUGGGAAUCCUACGCCAUGUCGCUCACCGACAAGAUCGUGGCGGCCGACGAGACGAUCCCCGAGCUGCCCUUCAAGGACAUCAACUUCCGCAUCUACCGGGACAUCCGCUUCAGCAACGACCCGACGCCGUACAAGCCGCACUACUCAGCCGCGUGGUCGCGGACGGGCCGCAAGGGGCCGUACGCAUGCUACUACGUGCACGUCGAGCCGGGAGCGUGUAUGGUCGGCGGCGGGCUCUGGCACCCGGACGGCGGCGCGCUGCAGAAGCUGCGCGCGAGCAUCGACGAGCGGCCGCAGCGGUGGCGGCGUGUGCUGAUGGACCCCGAGUUCCGGCGCGUGUUCCUCCCCAAGGUCGCCCCGGCCGCCUCUGCCUCGAAGGGGAAGAAAAAGAAGGCCGGCGACGACCACGACGACACGGCCGUGAUCCAAGCCUUUGCCGAGUCGAACGCCGAGGGCGCGCUCAAGACGCGGCCCAAGGGCUUCAUCCCCGACCACCGCGACAUGGCGCUGCUUAAGCUGCGCAACUUUGUCGUCGGCAAGAAGCUGCCCGAAGACGUGUUUACCGCUGGCGGUAGCCAGGACGAGGUGGCGCGCGUCGUCAAAGCCAUGGUGGGGUUCGUGACGCACCUCAACCGCACCGUCAUGCCCGACCCCAACGACGACGACGACGACGACGACGAUGAUUCAGAUGAUUCAGAUGGCGAAGACAAUGGAGAUGACGCCUAGAGCCUAGGACGGGCAUAGUUGGAUUUUUAAAGCAAGCCUGGUUUAUUUUUCUUGCUUUAUGCCUCACCGAGCACGACUUCUUCGCUGGAUACCAGGCAGGUAGGUAUCUAUGGUGUGUAUUUCUAGGGUAUAGGUACACGGGGAUAUCUGUGGCGUUGUUAUGGAGUUAGCCAGUCAUUUUGGGUCCUUGCCGGUUUUCUUCUCACGCCAACAGUGUUAUAUGCAAGUACGGAGUAUACGCGAAUGAAAGGGAACAGCAGAAUAAUACUUCAGACUCAUUAGGUAAAUAUAUACGGAUAAAUAA